GGAAUAACUCUUUAUCUUCCCACACGUUAAAAGAUCAAGCAAUCAAGCAAAUACAAUUGCACUCCAGUCAUUGUAGCAGGAAACACCUAUCUCUCCUGUUCUACCCGUGCUAUGCCCUCUUAACAUUUCGUCGUGAUGUAUCCCCAGAACUGUGUUUCCACUCCAUUGUACAAGAGUAAAAGGACUUAGCCCCUCAGUAAAAGCUACCAUAACCUUGUGCGACCAUUGCUGAACUGAAAGAGAGUUCUAUUGAUUCCUGGGUUGAUUGCCUAUGUCUGUUGGAAUAGAUCUUACAUUAAUUUCAGGGUUUAACUAUGGUCUUCACAAUUGGGGCAAAUAGCCUAAAAUUUUAUUUUAAGCGAGUUAUUUGGAAUUCUGUGCCGCAUUGCUACUUUUCUUCGAGGAAAAUUACAUUCAUAUUUUGUUUUACUACGAUGGAAAUGAUUUAUUAUUGACGAUUUUGGCUUCUUACCACCUUGUAGCUAAAACAGAUUGGUUCCAAUAAUGAUGAUUGUUGUCAAUUAUUUAUACGAAGUUCUGUAUGAAUAUGUAGAAGAUUUAGCAAGAGGGAUGGCUUGUCAUUCACAGAGUAAUUGAACGGUUGUAUCUGUGUAAGGUUGAGUAGUUUUCCUUGGAUUAUUUGUUACCUCUACUGAAUCAAAGGGAAUGAAGGGCGGGCCUGGUGCAGUAGUAGAAUCUGUCCACUUGUGGCUUGGAGGUCCUGGGUUCGAACCAACCUCCUUGCAGAAUGUUAUGCAAGGGGAAGGACCAGUAUGCUCCGCAGCAAAGUUUUGCAGAAGACUAAAGAGAGCUUGAGCAUAUCGAAGAAGCACAAAAGAAGAUUUACCCCUCAGUUUUUGAAUCCUGAAUUCUCUAGCUUGUAGAAGAAGAAAGCCGGAAUUACAGAUAGAGGACAGACCACAAGCAAGUUGCCCACCUAAAUACAGUCUUUGGCAGUAUGGCUCCGAAAAACGUGAUCCGUUUCAUCUUGGUGCUGAUCCAUGUGAGCAGUUGUUUGGGUAGAUCAGGGAAAAUGUUUUCUCCUAGCUUUAUCUCAGUGGCGCAGUCAUUGUCAAGCUGGCCAAUUUUCAGUGCAGGGAUAUCUGUAACUGUUGCACUUGUUCUGUCCUUGUUUCUAACUUUCGAGCAUCUCUGCGCGUACCAUCAACCUGAGGAGCAGAAGUUCUUGAUCGGUCUCAUUAUGAUGGUUCCAGUAUAUGCUGUUCAAUCAUUCUUCUCAUUACUGAAUUCAAAGGUUGCUUUCAUCUGUGAGAUGAUGCGGGAUUGUUAUGAGGCAUUCGCAAUGUAUUGCUUUGAGAGAUAUCUGAUAGCAUGCUUAGGCGGGGAGGAAAGUACCAUCAGAUACAUGGAGGAUCAGUUUCAACCCAGUGAUAGUUCUCCUCUGCUAGACGUUGAUUAUGAUUAUGGUAUUGUGAAACAUCCAUUCCCAUUGAACUGGUUUAUGAGAAACUGGUACCUCGGUCCUGACUUUUAUUAUGCCGUGAAGAUUGGGAUUGUGCAAUACAUGAUACUCAAGCCUAUUUGUGCUAUCUUGGCAAUUUUGCUAGAACUUCUGGGUAUCUAUGGAGAAGGAAAAUUUGCAUGGAGAUAUGGGUACCCAUAUUUGGCUGUUGUCCUAAAUUUCAGCCAGACAUGGGCAUUGUACUGUCUUGUACAGUUCUACACUGCUACAAAGGAGAAGCUGGAACCUAUUAAGCCCCUGUCCAAGUUUCUAACUUUCAAAUCUAUUAUAUUUUUGACAUGGUGGCAAGGUAUUGCUGUUGCAUUUCUGUUUUCAACUGGGCUUUUUAAUGGACAUCUGGCACAAAGUUUGCAAACACGUAUCCAGGAUUAUAUAAUAUGUCUGGAGAUGGGGGUGGCGGCAGUGGUUCAUAUGAAAGUAUUCCCAGCUAAGCCCUACAGGCGUGGCGAGAGAAGUGUUUAUAAUGCUGCUGUCAUGUCUGAUUAUGCAUCCCUGGGGGCUCCAGAUCCUGAAGAAGAACGAGAGAUUGAUAAUUUAACAAUCAUGGAAACCUCUCGCCCUGAUUCCAGAGACAGGCGGUUGAGUUUUCCUCAGAGUGUUCGUGAUGUUGUGUUAGGAAGUGGUGAAAUUAUGGUCGAUGAUGUCAGAUACACAGUCUCCCAUGUCGUCGAGCCCAUGGAAAGGAGUUUCACGAAGAUAAAUAAGACACUCCACCAAAUAUCUGAGAAUGUGAAGCAGAUUGAGAAGCAGAAGAGGAAGGCAAAGGACGACAGCCAUCUUAUUCCGCUGGAAUCAUGGUCAGAGGAAUUUUCAGAAGCUCAAGAUCAGGUUCAAGGUGGUAGUUUUAGUGACAGUGGAUUAGCUAGGAGAAGGUACAACAAAUUUCGCAGACUCCGCAGGUGGUUCUAGCAGUCUGGUGGUGGGUUUUAACCACGGCGGCUAACCUUUACCCAGAAGUAGAAGUUUAUACAUCAUUUAGGACACACUGAGGCAAAAGAAAGGCAAUUCCGGUGACUAAUAGUUUGCAGGAUGGCUUCGGAGCUUCCCUGGUUCCUUCUGUUUAAUAGCUGACCCUGGCUCAGUUUCAGGAGGUGCUGUUACAUGGGUUUUUCUAUGGGAGUGGCCUUGUUUGGUACAGGCAAAAAAAUUAGGCUCCGAUAAUUACUGAUGUAACCAACCCCCAAGCUUCUUUGGAUUAACAUACACUGAAGGGAGAACACUGAAGGAAGAUAUUUGUACGACUGGAUGAACAUUUUUCAAUGAAAUCCUUAAAGCACCUUUGGUUUUGAA